UCAAUGAGCUCAAGAUUGUUGCCAGCAAACAGACUGGUCUCACUGCUUUCACGCCGUUAGAGCUGUUUCAAAUGCUUUCUUCAGACCUUUCUGUCUUUGACGUGAUUCUUCCCAACCUGGAUGUUCACUUCAAAGGCAUCAUCCUUUUUUGCGUCCAAACAAGCCCGUUCUGGCUGACGCCUUUGGUCGUGCUCAACUUGGGACGCUUGAAGAAGGCAUGCCGAACAGCAUCUCCUAAAGCUACUGCCCAGGAGCAGAUUUCAAAAGAGGCUCAGCGCAAGGUGGAUGCAUUGUUGGAGGUCAAGAAGUUAAGCACAUGCAAGACCCUUAUCGACUACGCCGCCUUUUUAUCCUUUCUUUUUGCCAUCUUCGUUUGGAUGAAAUCGUUGAAUGUUGGCAUUGCAGCCAUCCCUGCUUUCGACCUUUGCCUCGUUCCUUUUACACUGCUGUGGCUUGGCUUUGCAGGACUUCUCCAAGGCGACAUGCUACCUCCCAACGGCAACACAGUAACAAUGGCCGCCCUCUCCUACAAUCUUUUGUUGCUUUGCAACCAAGUUCUGAUCCUGUACUUGAACGUCACGGACCGAGACUCACUUCUUCUUGUUUGCCGACUGUUUGCUGGCUUCAUUUAUUGCGACCAUCGCAAAGCUGCAGCAACGCAGCUUCUUUGGAUAUUGCUCAAGACUCAGACGCCUCCACAUGUCAACGAUCCUCAAAAUGGUGGAGAUGUCAACGAAUUUUGGGAUGUGCUCCUGUGGGGAAUGUUCCGUCAAUUCAUUUUCAUUGCCCCCAUGUGGCUUUUGUGGUUCGCAGUGGAGUACUUCGUGAAGCAGUUCACCGCACUGAUGGUCCAGAAGGCUGACAUGAAUGCCUCGCUUGUGGCCGCACGAUCAGUCCUGGCCAGCCAAUGUGAUGCGGAAGCAUAUCUCGGAUCGGAUCUGCGGUUCCAAAAUCCCUCUCCAAAGAUGGCUCACUUCUUUGGCAUGAAGACGGAGGAUCUCGAAAACAGGCGCCUCGUGGAUCUUCUCUACGGUCCCGACAUCGAGCGGUUUCAGAAGUUGGUGGCAAGCUCAGUCCAGCAGAUGCAGCUGAGUGGCACAGGACACCGGAGUGCAGCUUCGUUGACUCUGACCUUCAAACAUGCAUCGGGGCGACAGCUUGAGGCACAGAUCUACCUCGGGUCGAUCCCGGGGUCGCUAGGUGACGCAGACUUUUGUCACCUCAUUGCCCUUAACGAAGUACGAGAUUCGAUUGAUGCACCGGCGCCUGAAGUCGAGGUGGAAUCUACAAAGGAUUCUUCGUCCACAAAGACUGAGGAGGCUGACCUUUCCAAGUUGAGUAUCACCGAAGUUUCGUCGGAACGAGUGCCUUUAAACAAGGACACCCUUGCGUUUCAUGCAUGGACUCAUUCGAAGCCGGCGUGCUCCUCGCAAUGCAUUCACGGUAUUGAAACCGUGUCGGUGGGUUUUGAGCCCCAGACUUUGGAAGUGAAGGAGAUCCGCAUGAAGCUUCCAACGUCCUCCAGACACCGACGCAAGACACUCCUCAACGACUGCGUCCUUCCGGGCGUUUGGGAAGAACUCCGAAGCUGGCUUGAAGCCGGGAAGUCGGAGAAAGCUGUGGCAGCACCGCCCAUUGUUCCAUUUGUUUUUCCGAAGUUUGUCCGUGCUGCACUGGCAGCGAGGUAUGCCGACCUGUCCAAAUCCCUGUCAAGCUCUGGCACGCUGGUCCUCACUUUGAGCGAUAUCCGGAUGCGUCGUUUUCAGUCGGCAGGGUCGAUAGGUGCUCCCACCAUGGGCAAGGGUACUGCCUCGCAGGUGAGUCGCUGCUCCCUUGACGACCACAAGCUACCCUGAGAAAAUCAGUUCCUGCGUAGUGCCACAUGAUCCGGCUGUGAAAUCUCAGCAAAUUAAUUUUCUCUCAUCGUUCAGUGUAUCACCAGUGGUUCGGACUUCAUGGUUUGAAGGACUUCAUGGUUUGAAUAUCCGUCGAGGUCCAGCUCAAACUUUGAAAUCUGCGGAAAAAAC